UCAAUGGUGCGCAGAAAGUAGCGGUUGGUUUUGAAAUUUGGUUUUGUGUUGCGAGGAAAAUAAUGAUGUAUCAAGAAGCGUUUUGCGACGCGUUAAAAUUCAGACGUAAUGAACUUGUUACGUCCACCAGAAGAAGCACUAGAAGAAAGCUUCAAGACAAAUACGACAGAGAACAAUCGUGCCCGUCAGAACUGAAAGUGCAAGGAAAAAGAAAACGAGAAAAAUUGUGGAGUGGUUUAAAUCUCUCGAAUAUACAAGUGACUCGUGAAGAUGCCACGCGAAUAUUAAGAUCAGGAGCAAAUAAAAUUUCAAAGACUCUGAGUUCCAUGCAAACAACAUUUGGUGUAAUAUCACAAAAAUUUCGGCGCUCAACAAGACGCAGGCAUCGCUUGAAGAGUGAUUCUCCCCGUUCUCCACUGUCUCCACAAACAAGAUCACGUUGUCUUUUAGGUCGCACACCUACGAAACUCUAUAGCCCUUUUGGUAUAGAAACUCCAUGUUUGAGUGAAAAAGAAAAUGGGAGACAUAUUAAAGCUGUAAAAUCAAAUGUUAAAGCUUGCUGCAAUUCAGCAGUGAUUCACAUGCCAGCGGGAGCGUUGUGUAGAUCAAAACGAUGUCGAUACUCGACUGUGGAGAAUGUGUGCUGUCAUGGCAGUUGCAAGAUGGAGUACCAUGAAAACAUCAGUGCAGCUGCCCAACAUAGGAUGCGUUACUGAGAUAAUUUUUGAGAAAAAGUCUGCUUUUAUUUCUUGCUGAAUUUGUCAACUGUGUGACUAUUGGCAGCUAUAAUUAUUAUUCAUGUUUUCAUUUGUACACAUUAUUAUGAUUUAUAUUUCUGUCAUAUUCUGAGAACUUUGGUAGUUGAUUAGUUCGUGUAUAAUUUUAAAGCAGUUUCAUGUAUGGAACUGUAAAAUAUUUUUCAAUGUUUUGUUUCUCCCUAUCUAUACACCAUUGUAAUAAGAAUUUAUAUAUUUUGAUUGAUCAAGUUCAACUUUAUGGCAGUGAAAAGAACUGUGCUUCAUUGUGGUAACUAUUUUCUAGAGUUUUAUUUACAAGAUAAAUUAGGAAUUACAUUUUUCUCUUCAAUCCAUGUUGCAUGUUUGAUGUAGAAUAAUGUAGAAGGCUUUUCUAAAUUCUUUGCUAAAAUGUCAGUUGCUUAUGCUUUAGUUCUUGUUCUCUGGCAAACAAAAAUUAGUUAGCCGUGUGCACAUAAGUUAUAUGCUAUUGUAUAUAGAUUUGUAUUUUUCAUCUAUUCUUUCAGAACUGAUUGAUUGACACUUUCAUUUGACCACUGGAACCUUUUUCUAUACAUAAAUUUAACUAGUGAAAUACUUUGUGGUUGUAAAUCUGUUCACCUUCAAAGUGUACCAUGUAAAAUGGUAGCCUUAAUCAACUGAUAGUUCAAUUAUUUCUGUUCAUCACAUUUUGGUUUUAACUGCAUUAGCAGAUAGUUUUCAGUUGUUACCUACACACUACAUCAAAGACUGUUGUAUGCCAAAGUUUUUAAUA